AUAUAUACGCAGUUAUGCUGAAUUUGUAGUGUGUUGUUUUUGUACGCUUUUAUUUUAAAUAUAUUUGAACUGCUAAGAGUUUUUUUUUUUAAAAAACUAACCAUGUUCCGUUCCAAGAGGGAUGUGGAUCGUCAUGUGCAAGAGAUUCUUCGGAAGAUAACUAGUGAGAAAGAGAGGAACUUACGGUGCUACAAUAUUGCCAAGCUCUAUUAUCAGGUUGGAGACUAUGAAUCUGCAAGGCGUUACAUUUCCAGUUACCUGACUGUGCGUGAAGAUUCAGCCUCAGGUCAUAAACUUUUUGCCCAAAUACUGGAAGCUCUUGGCCAGAAGGAGAAAGCAGUAACAGAGUACAAAUGCUCAUUAGAACUGGAACAUUCUCAGCCUGAUAUAAUCCUCAAAGUUUGUGAUCUUCUGGGAGAGAGUGAUCUUUCUAUUGACUUGGGCCGUGUCCGAUACUGGUGUGAACGUGCUUCACAGCUAUAUCCUCAUCAUCCUGCCGUAUUUAGGCUGAAGGAACGGCUUCUGUCUACAAAAGGAGAGGAGAGUCUUCACGAGUUAGAAGCACUGAUAUCAUCGGAAAUGUCAGCAAGACCAUCAGAUGUUUCUCUGAGAAUCCGUCUUAUCAAGCUGUAUCGAGAAGCAGACAGACUUAAGGAUGCUUAUGAUCAUAUUGUCGAAGUUGAGCGAAGAUCAUUGUUUAGAGAGAACUUGGAAUGGUAUGAAUGCAUCAGUGUUGUUUUGAAGGCAUAUGCAGAGAAAUACUCUGAUAUUUGUGGAUGGGAAUUUUACCUGUAUUAUACAUCUGUUCAAGAGAAAAAGGCAUAUUUAAGCUUAGGUGAAAACCAUGCUAUGCUCCACAAAACUGUUGCAGAUUGUGUGCAAGUUCUCUUCAGUUUUGACCAGUUGCUAACAAAGGCAUCACAGCAGUCCCCUCCACCCAGUGAACGGGACUACUAUCAUGAAUUCUUAAGGCACAUGCGUGGUCAACUCUGCCUCCAUCUUGCCACUCUGCUUCUGAAAAGAGCAAAGAAGGAUCAAACUAAUUGGCGUGAAAUGUGCCGCAUGGCAAUUCCUCUUCUGCUGCACGCUUUGGGCCCACCUCCUGAUGUUUCUAAUAUUGGCACAGUUAAGGCAUCUGAAUCUCGUCGAAAGAUUGUUCAUCAGUGGAGCAAGGAAGCUGCAUUCCGCAUCAGUCAGGCAGGACAUGUUCUCCUGGCUAUGCUUCAUGAACGUCGUUCUCAGUUCUUGGACAGAAUAACACAGUAUUGCUCUGGAAAUUGGCGUGAAAGGGUUUUUCAGAGGAUCUUCAAUACUAGAGACCACCAUCAGCAAAUAGGAACUUCCCACUUCGUGAACUUCAGUGCAUUUGCAGAUCCACCUUUGGAAAUUCCAACAGCGAGUGAGCUAAGCCCUCAUGAUGAAUUAUCACAGCAGCUAUAUCCAAACUCUCUUCAUCACUUGGUAUGGUUGGGUCUACAGAAGAUGAGUGCAAGUAAAAGUAGCACUUCGUCAAAAUUGUGCAAGGAUUUUUACUGUCUUGUAUUUGAUGGUCUGCAGUUAACUACAAAAAAUUUAAAUUCUGCAGGCAUUGAAACACUGUGCAGGCUUGAUAUUGAUGCCUUCUUGUAUGCUACAGUACUGUGUGUGGCAGCAGCUCAGGAGGAACUGUUGGCAGUUGGCUAUUCAAACAGUGAUCGUCCUGCAACACUUCCUGCGUGUAUUACAGACCAGUUAUGCACAGUUGCCCAAGACAAAUGGUGGAUAGCUGCAUAUACUGUCAUUCAGAAACAAGUUGAAGGGAAUUUAGGAGAAUUGCGCCAAGUUUUGCAACAUGGAAUUGAAGUUGUAAGAAUUUUGGGUAACCAUGGACUUGAUGUCAGACUGAUAGUACAGCUUGCUCGUGCAUUUGCUGAAAGGGCAACAAGUAUGGCAGCUCGCGGUGAGUGUGCAGCAGAUGUUACUGCAAUAGAACAACGAGCUGCAUUGUAUUGGACAUCAGCUCUACCUCUCCUGGAAAGACUCCAGCGAAAUCAGACAAUUCGUGCACCACAUACCAAACUUUUUGAGUAUCACGGGAAGGAACUGUCUAGUGCUGAAAUCAACACCUUGAUUGAAGAAGGCAGAUUUUUCCUUGCAUGUCAGCUUAUGAAGGAAGACAAACACGAAAGAGCAUUAGAAGCAUUUGAACAAUUAAAAUCUCCUUAUGCUGCUUUUUACCGUGCAUUAAUAUACAAGAAAUUAGCUGAAGAGCAGUUUCAGGGUCAGCACAGGGAAAUGAUUACAAGUGAAAUGAGAUCACAACAUAUUAUUCUGCUUACCAAGGCUAGGGAAUGCUUUUAUCUUACAUUAGAUCGGCUCAAAAGUCCAGGUGUUGAUAGCAAACAUCCUUUAAAUGCAGAGCUUGGUGGUCAUAUAGAGGAGAUAGAAAGUCAGCUACAUCACAUUGAUACGGAUGUGUCCAGGAGUGAUGUAAAUCGGAAUGACGUGCUGGAUGGUCUUUCUUUAGAAACCGCGUCUUCAGAACACUCGCCAGUUGAUAAUGGACAUAUGUUCAUUGGCUAUAAUGGGACAGUGCAGAAUUCAUUUGCACACAUUUCCAGUCGUAACAGGAGUGCAAAUCGUCUUAGUAGCACUCCAUACAGGAGCAAUAACAAAUGUGAUACAUCUGAUGUUCAAGAGAUUAGGAGAGCGGAAGCUCGUCCGAGCCCAGAGCGUUUAGAUGCACAAAUUCGGCAGCUGCUCCACAACAGAGAUUCAGUUCUGCAAACAGUAACACAACAUUCGAAAGCAGUAAUGGAAAGUGUUAAAGUUAUUAUGGAGGAAUUAAAGGACUGCAAGAAAGAGAUGAAGGAGAGCAAGGAAGAAUUAAGAGGAUACAACCAGGAACUAAGGCACAAUAAACAAAUGAUAGAGGAAUUAAAGGCUCAAGUACAGGAACUGAGGAAAGAAACCCUGAAACUAAAGAAAGGACAAUCUCAUGUAAACUCAGAACUUUCACAGGUGUGUGAUACUGAAGAUGAUCUUUAUGUAUUUGAUGAAGAAGACUAUGCAGAAGAUGUGACAAUAGCAGCCAGUCAUAUGGGAACAUACCCACCUUUUCAGCCCUUCCCUGGUUACCCAGAUUAUAGACCUGUGUCUGGCAUAAUGGGGACUCCAAGUGUGCCUUACGCACCACCACCGCCGCCGCCACCACGAGAAGCUCAUCCUCAGUUAAUACCACCCACACAAGCAAUGGGUGGAUUUUUCCGUGGUGUUGAGCCUGCGCUGAUAUAUCCCCCAGGAACUGUUGGUUAUUAUAGCGGCCAAGGUGCCCUUCCAUUCUCUGAAGGCCAGCAGUUGCCAGAUUUCCGUGGUCACCAGGCUCCUGCAUUUUCUCGCUUAGGAACACAUCCUGAUCCACAAAACACUCAACCUGAAGUAAAAGUAUCCCUUACAUCUGCUCCUGUCAAUGUUGUUAUUACAUCUUCUGAUACCUUACCUACAACAGUUCCUGUUACACAGCCAAUUCUGAGUGUAACUAUACCACCACAGCAUAGAUUGGGAGGGAUGCCUCUUGUUCAGAGUGAUCUUGGAACUUCCAUGCCUCAGGCAAUGGUGUCCACUACAUACUCAGCUUCAAAACCUUUACCUCUGACAACCACACAAACUUCAUUUAGUUCAACAUCCCAUCUUCAGCAGCAGCUACCACCGUCCCAGGGGGCAGUAUCAAAUAUAGGACGACAUACUGUUCCUCAUGCUUUUCAGAUAACAAUGCCUCCUCAAGCUCAUUUACCUCAAGUAUCAUCGCUUGAGAAAGGUGCUGCAUCCCUUAGCCCAGUUCUUCCAAUAGCAACCAACUCUUUACUUUCAUCUGUUCCUUCUCCAGUGUAUUCUGCAGUUGUCACUGAGAAAAAUUUGGUGCCAAAGGAGAUAAGUCCCAAAUCACGUCAAGCUUCAAUGGGUUCUAAUGCUGAAGAAGAGAAUGUUGCUGAAACAGAUCAUGACCCAUGUCCUGACUUUGAACCUGUGAUUCCAUUGCCUGCUGAAGUUCAGGUCAUGACUGGUGAAGAAGAGGAGACAGUACUUUUUGAAAGCCGGGCUAAAUUGUACAGGUUUGUUGAAAAGGAGUGGAAAGAACGAGGAAUUGGAAAUAUAAAACUACUGCAUAAUCAAAAGACGGGGAAAAUAAGAAUACUUAUGCGUAGAGAACAAGUCCUGAAAGUCUGUGCUAACCAUUUCAUAACUGCUGAUACAGAACUAGUCCCAAUGAAAGACAUAGCUUGGAUAUGGGUUGCAAAUGAUUUUGCUGAUGAACAGGUGAAGUUAGAGAAAUUGUGUGUUCGUUUUAAAACUCCAGAAGAAGCAACAAGUUUUAAGGAUGCAUUUGAGAAAGCCAAGAGCAUUAUUAGAUUGGCACAAACAUCAAUAGAAGAUGAAUCUACAGUGUCAUCAAGAAGUGGUAGUUCAACCAAAACUGUUGACUCAGUUGCUUCAUCACAGGACAGUUCCUCCUCAGUUCUCAGAAAAGAAAUUUCUAGUCAAACAUCUGUAACACCUUCAUCUACAGCUCCUGUAUCAGUAUGUGUUACAAGCAACAAAAUUACUGUGGGUGGUUUUACAUUUGCAAGUACUCCAACUUUCAAGGAUAAUACAACACCUGAAGGCAAAACUGUUGAUAAUGAUUCCUCAAAAACAAAGGUUCCACAGGAUGAUGCUUCAAAAGUGAGUCCGUUUGCUACCUUCAGUUUUGCAAUGCCGUCAAAACCUGUAUCGUUCCCUGAAGUUUCAAAGCCAGUGGCAGUGGUCAUGGACCCAUUUAAGACAACUUCCACACCAGAUACUUCAACAUGCAUUACAGUGGCGACUCAGAGCCAGGCUUCGAAGCCAGGUACCACAGUUUCAGAAAGUUCAAGAAUAGCUGUUUCAAAACCUGAAGUUUCUAAUUAUCCAACACAGUCUCACCAAAUAGGAACAUCACAAGAAGUCACACAGUUUGGUUCUCAGAGAAAUAUGACUGCAGUGGAAACUGAAAAAGCUGGAAAUGAACCACUGAUGUUUUCAUCUAAUUCAUUAACAUUUGCAGAUCUUGCAGCUAAAUCACCUGCAGGAAAACCUGCAUUUGCAGCAGAUUCAAAUUUCAAAGGAUUUGAAGGUGCAGGUAGUGUUGUGUUUGGAAGUACUCAGGUAUCUCAGAAGUCCAAACCUCAAAUUACUCAAAGUUCACCAGACAGUCUGUCAGAGCGGCCACCUGAAGAUUUUGUUCCAACUGCUGAGUUCAAACCUGUGAUCCCUUUGCCAGAAUUAGUUGAAGUGAGAACAGGAGAAGAAGAUGAGGAAAUUAUCUUUGAGGAAAGAUGCAAGCUUUUAAGAUUUGAUGGAGAAAAUAAGGAGUGGAAAGAAAGAGGCAUAGGGAAAAUGAAGCUGUUGCACGAUCCAAAAUCGGGCAGGGUACGCUUGCUGAUGCGGCGUGAGCAAGUUUUGAAAGUCUGCUGUAAUCAUGCCAUUACUACAGCUAUAAAGUUUAAGCCACUGUCGACUUCAGACAGAGCGUGGUACUGGGCAGCUCAAGAUUAUUCUGAAGGAGAAAUGCGCCGAGAAUUGUUAGCAAUAAAAUUUAAGACAACAGAUUUAGCAGAAAAGUUUAAGAAGGCAGUGGAAGAUACUCAAGCAAAGAUGAUAAACGACAGAAUACCUUUAGAUGGUAGCAAUAAAGAGGAACUAUCUGCAGAGGGUAAUGAUGAGAAACAGUUGAAAGAAAAAUUAAGAACAGGAGAGGGCACUAAUACUGCAUCAAAUCUUUGGGAGUGCCCUUCUUGUCACAAGAACAACCCAUCAGAUUCAUCAUCUUGUCAUUCAUGCAACAGCAACAAAAUACAAAAAACAUCUGCUGAGGAUUCAUCUCCGAAGUCAUUAUCUGAAUUCAAACCAAAAGCAGGUUCAUGGGAGUGCAAAUCUUGUUAUACAAGAAAUGAGGGAACAUGCCGCACUUGUGUUGCCUGUGAAGCAGUGAGGAUACCUACUACUACAGUGUCUACAAGCAGCACCACUUCUGACCAGGUCUCUAAACUAAUUUCACAAAAUAUCGUUCCUCUUUCAGAAGCUUUCAAACCAAAGCCUGGUUCUUGGACAUGCAGUGACUGUUAUCUUACCAAUGAAGAGAGAAACAACAGAUGUGUUGCUUGUGAUAAACUUAGGCUUGGAAGUGAUGGAAAACCCAUUAAUGAAAGCACAGCAGAAGAUAAGACUGCAUUUAAAUUUGGAAUUCAAAGUUCAAACACUGAAAGUUCAUCAGGUUUCAAUUUGUCUCGCUUUUUGCCUACGUGUGAUGUUAUGACAUCUGUCACAACUACAACUACUACUGGUAUGAGUACAACUACUAAUGCAUCAUCCUGUGUUUUCUCAUUUGGAUUUCCCAAGCUUAACACACAAAACAAAGAUGGUGCAGCAUCAUUCUCUUUUGGGAGUUCAACCGAGUCACAGAACACAUUAGAUCCUGUUGGAACAUCAUUGAAAUACGACUUGGCUGUGGAACGUGACACACUACCAAAACAAAGUCUCUCAUUUGGCUUCCAAGUCCCAACAAGCUCUGUUGACACACCACAGGUCAAGCAGUUGCCUGAAACUAAGAACACACCAACCUUUAUAUUUGGAAACUCAUUGCCUGCUACUAAACCUACAGGAGCUGCUGUGACAUUUGGAGCAGACAAGACACCCAUAAAAGAAAAUAAUCUGGUGCAAGUUCGUUCAGAACAUAGCUUCACAUUUGGCAGCCCAGGAAAAUUUGAAUUUUCAUUCAGUGGUGUCAGACCAAAAUCUCCCAUAAAAUCGCCCAAAUCACCAGGCACGAAACACUCUGUUUCUGUUGGAGAAGAAGAAAGUGGAAGUGAAGAAGAAGAAGAAGAAUAUGAGGGAGAUAACAUUUACUUUCAGCCUGUGAUACCACUUCCAGACAAAGUACCAGUGCAUACAGGGGAAGAGGAGGAAGACCUCCUAUAUAGCCAGCAUGCAAAGUUGUAUAGAUUUGUUUCUGGUGAGUGGAAAGAGCGAGGUCUGGGUGACAUUAAAAUUCUGAGACACAGAGUCACAAAAAAGAUAAGGUUGCUGAUGCGUCGUGAUCAAGUGCUGAAAGUUUGUUUGAAUCAUUUUCUGACCCCUGAGAUAACCUUCAUUGAAAAGGAUGCAAAAAGUUGGUUGUGGAGUGCACCAGAUUUUUCAGAUGGUCACAUAGAGAAUGAACGGUUUGCAAUUCGUUUUAAAACACCAGAUAUAGCAGCAGAAUUCAAAAAAGCAAUAGACCAGUCCCAGGCUGGUGUGGCUGAGGGUAAAAUAUUUUCGUCUGAAAAGGGAAGCAAUAGGAGUCCAGGAAUGGCAGACAAACAAUUGUCUCUUGAGACGAAAGGUGAUGGAUCAGGUGAUGCUACUUCUCCUGCUUUUAAGACCUUCUCAUUUGCUGUCACAGAUAAUAAGCCAGAAUCUAGUGGAACACCAAAGUUCUCCUUGUCAAGUCGCUUUGGAUUGCCAGAAAUGAAAGGUGCUGUUCAACCACUUUUUGGUGGAGUGUCAAAAGCAUCACAUGAAAAAGUUGAUGAUUCACCAGAGGUGAUAUACGAAUUAGCAGUUACUGAGCAAGAGAAAGCAGAGGCAGAAAGGUUGAUGUUGCCUUCAAAUUUUUAUGCAUAUCGAAGAAAACCAGGCUGUCCAGGAUGUCCAGGCUGUAAAGAUGAUGAAGCUUCAGAGUCAGAUGGAGAAAGAGGGGCAGAAUCAUCAAAUGUGGACACGUCUGCGCAUAAACCUAAUUGUUCAGGUGACUUUUCAUUGGCUGCCCUUGGACAGAAAACAGCUGGUACAGUUGACGAUAAUACAGAGGAUAAGAAUAAGCAAAUUACUUCUAAUGCCACACCGAUCAAACCCAAGAUGGGCAGUGGUAUUUUGCAGCCUCCGACAUUUUCUUUCAAUCCUACUUUCGGUCAGUCUACUACAACAACCAAUCCAUCAUGGUUCUCCCGGAACACAGCAGCAGUUUUCACAAGUCCUGCAAUGGCUGCAGGUGAUGCAAAAAAUAUAACAAUUGAUCAGACAGGUUCAUUGGAUGCCGAGAACAAAUUUGGGGUGGCGUCACUUGUUGCAACAAACACUGUUGCAGAGAAAGCUGCUAUAUCCACACCAGAGUUUGGAAAAACUCCAGGACGUUCAUCUGAAAGUGAAAAACAGAUCAGUAAUUUAGCUACUGGAACUUCACUGUUUGGUUCACAGGGGCAAAAGGUAGAAAGUUGUUCCAAUGCCCCACUCUUUACUCUUUUUCCUCCAUCUAGUCAGGCAAAAUCUGUGCAGGACCAGCCCCUUAUGUUCAAUUUUGGCCCAACAAGUAAAUUUGGUUGUGAGCCCAAAGUUUCAAAGACACCAGGAUUUGGAUUUACUGCACCCUUUCAAACUGAAAGUAUAUUGAGAUCAUCAGCCACUGAAAGCACAGAUUUGAAAACCAUGAUGGAACCUUCACACAGUAUUCUUCAACCAGAUGAAAAACACAGAACAGUAGGAAAGCAAUUGGAGGAGAAUUUGAAGCCUGAAGGUCUAUUCUCUUCAGUGCAGUUGACCAUCACGUUUGCAGACCUUGCUUCAAAAAUAAAGCCACAGGAACAGCAACCAGGUACUGAGUCAACUUUCAGAUGGGAGGGUGCUGGUUCUACUGUUUUUGGUGGCUUGAAGAAACAGACACCUCAGAGGUUGGAAGCUUCAUAUCAACAGAAAUCGGUCUCACCUGAUUCCGCUGCGGAGGAAGAAGCGAGUGAUGAGGAAACAGCAGCAGCUAGUAGUAGUGUCCAUGAUCCUCACUUUGAACCAGUUAUCCCCUUGCCUGAUGCUAUAAUAGUACAUACAGGCGAAGAAGAAGAAGUUGUCAAGUUUGCAUCUCGGGCAACAUUGUUUAGAUUUGAUGAAGCACUUAAACAGUGGAAGGAACGUGGAGUUGGUGAUAUGAAAAUACUGUAUCAUCCCAUUAACCAUACAUACAGACUACUUUUAAGAAGAGAAAAGAUCCACAAAGUUGUGUGCAAUCAUCUAAUAACAGCAGAUUUUUCAUUGAAGCCUUUCUCAAAGUCUGAGAGAGCAUGGUUAUGGGCUGCCCACAAUUUUGCAGAUAAUGAAGGAGAACUGGAAAAACUUGCUGUGUCUUUCAAGAAAGAGGAAACUGCCAAAGAAUUCUAUGACAAAGUCACUGAAUGUGUAGAGGAUGUAAAAACAUUUAUCAGAAGAGAAAUUACCAGCAGCUCCACAACAGAUAGACAGUAUGAGGAUAGUGAAGAAUCUAUAGACGAUGACGAUGAUGAUGAUGAUGAUGAGGAGGAUGAUGAUGAUGAUGAUGAUGAUGAUGGUGACGACGAUGGUGAUGACGGUGAUGAUGAUGAUGAUGAUGAUGAUGAUGAGGGAGAGGAUGAUGCAGAUGAUGAUGAUGAUGACAGUGUCCAUAAUUACAGUAUUAAGGAUGCUAAUGCAGAAGAAAGUACUGUAUUUGACAAGAGAGCAACACUUACAAUAAAGGAUGGUAAUCAGUGGAAAACUUUAGGCCUUGGUGAUCUGAAGAUACAGUACAAUAAAGCAAAGCAGAUUGCACAGAUUAUUAUGUUAAAAGAUGGAAGUACUGAAACAUUGUGUAACAUGAUAAUUAGCAAACAAAUUAAUGUAGAGGUGAAGAAAAGGGAUUGUGAAUGGACUGGCAUCGACAGUUGUAUAGAACCUGGCAUAUGUAAAACAUUGUGUGCUAAGUUCAGUUCAGAUACUGCAGCCCAUGAAUUUGCAAACAAAGUUUCCCAGUAUAGAGAAGUGGAGAAGUCUGAACAUGAAUGAGACACUGCUGUUCCCGAAAGACUUGAAGACUGAUUUCUUUUUUUUUUUUUGCACUGUCAUAUGAAAGAAGACUGGAAAUUAUGUAACACUAUUAUUGAAAGACAGAGGCUUCCAAACAAAGGAAGUGCCAUCAUGUGUAUUAUAGUUGUAUGUUACUUUGUAUAGGAAUGUUUUGAAAAGUGUUUAUAGCUAUAAUUAUGUGAAAAUGCCAUGAUAAGGGGAAAUGUAAACGAUGCAGGGGUAUGUUGAAGGUAGAAAAGAACUUGAUUUUACUUAUGUACAUGACCACUUCAAACUCAAGUUUCUUGAAUUGGUGUGAAUCAUAAAUACCAAAUGUGCUCAUAUAUACAGUGAAAAUGAACUAAGCUUCCACACCGUGUUUGUGACAGCUGUUAAUUUGUGUAUAAAGCAUAACAAUUGUAAUCACUAAGACUAUAACGCAUUUAUAUUUAUUUAUUGCAUUUUCAAUGCUUUAUAUUACAUAACAACUUAAUAUUCACUGGAAACAACAUUGCAAUAAACUGCGUUGCAGUAUAUUGCCUUGUGUGGAAAGGAAAUACAAGGUUUAGGUAAGACUUGGAAAAAAAAUUGUUCCAUUAUUGUCACCAUUGCUGUAAAAAAAAAAAAAAAAAAAAAUUAAAAUGUGUACAGUACAGUUUAUAUUUGUAAUUAUAAUUUAUACUUCAAAACCUACUUGUGUAAAUUUGUGUAGUUUUCCAGUGUAGUUGUUUUCAGUCUCAUUUUAUUCAAGUAAAAGUGACGUGGUGGUGGUGGUGGUGGUGGUGGUGGUUCUAUUUAAAAUAUUUGUGCAAUUUUUGCCUUAACACUUUCAGUCGAUAUUAAAAAAUUGCUGAAGUGACACUGUGAGUGAUAGACAGUAAGUUGCUGCUUGUCAGCCACAAAAAAUAAAUUUCAGUUUCUCUGGAGUUCCGUGGAAAUAGUUGUGAGAUUCUAGUAAAAAAUGUCUUGGAGUAUAAUUUCACUGUAAAUGAGAUUGAAAACCAGGAUGUAAUUUAUUCAACUGCAUCAGAUAUUUAUUUGUCAAUUCACGGUUAAAUUAAUUUACAUAACUUGUCAGUGAGCUGCUGCCUACUACUAUAAAUAAAAAGUUAUGUCUAUCUGUUUAGACAUGUUUGCAUUAAAAAAUACAUUAGACUACGCAAAUUUUUAGGAACUGUGUCUGAGUUAUAAGUUGGAAAACUAUUGAGAGGCAUAUUGUUAUCCUGACAUUCCAGUUGGAAAUGUUUUAACAUGUUAAAUGUAUGUCAGUGAGAUUGUUAGCCUAGUUAGAAUAUUUGCUAGCAGAUAGAAAUACAUAUUAUGUGGCAAAGAAAACGGAAGGCCUUACCAGCUUGGCAGGACGUUUAUGUUAUCAUACAAGACAGGGAGGGAAGGCAACAAUAGUGUACACUUUGGUACUCUUACUAAUUGAGUGCUGUCAUACUACAUCUCUAUAUGCAUCACUAAAUCACAAGCAGAUUCAGAACAAGAACAUGAACAUGAACAUGAUGUAUGAUAUAUAUUACAUUUUGUUGCAAGCAGCUCUUUACUGGCCUUAUGUGUAAAACUACCUUCCCCAGUGACAUGAUUGCUUUUCUCAGCUGUGUCUGUUGAUAUGCUGUCUGCUGUAUCAGUUGCUGACUGUAAUGUUGACUGACUGAUAAGUCUCUCUCCUCAAGUAGGCUUUUCUAGUCUUCUAAUGUCGAGAAAAGCUAAUGUCACAGAAGCAAAUGCAGCCUGAUCGCGAGGUCUAGUGGUUAGCAAUGUUUGGCUAGUGAUGUGGAGGUCCCAGGUUCAUUGCAUAGCAUUAAGUGGCUAGCACCAGGCUGGGUGACAGUACAUUUAUUUAUCAACACCACAAUCAUCUUCAUCAGUAUUAUUGUUAUUGUUGUUGUUGUUGUUGUUGUUGUGCUUAACAAUUAUGAUUAUGAAUCUUCAUCUUUCAAAAUUCCAGACCUGUUCUAUAGGAUUUAGGACAGAUGGUGUGACAGCACUAAAGGGGGAACCACUUUCUUACAAUAGUUUGUCAAUAUAAUAAACAGAAGUGGCACUUCUUAAUGCCAAAAAGUUAGGCUUGUGUAGUCUUUACUUUUUUAUUAUUAAUUCUUUCAAUUUCCAUAAUACAAUCUGAAUCUUUGCUAUUAGUUAUGUUGGUAAAUAAAGACAGAACAAGACUUGAAUCAUUUGCCUGCAUGCACAACAGUGAAACAUUGACUUCCAUUUACAUAUGACAAUACUCCUUCCACAUUGGAGCCCUACAGGUAUGUGGUCCUUCUGAGUGGUCUGAAUAUAACUGCAGUGUGAGAGAGCGCGAAUGCACUUCUUGUACCAUGUUGGAAGUUGCUGAAAGUGAUUAGUGUUGCCUCACCCAAUGUCCACAGUUACACAGAUGUCAUAUGCUGGCACUCACUUGCGUAUAAGCUGUGAAUUUGCAGUGUGUGCAUGCACAAUGAACUUUCCUUGCCGCUAACCUUGCUUUGCUGCCUCAGUUCAAUCAGUACAAUUAACAUUAUCAACUGUAAAACAUCCUAAUAGUUAAUUUGCUCACUUUAUGCACAAGAGCCUUCCUUGUAGCUAGAUUAACAAAAAAACUUAAAUUAUAAACAAAGUUGACAAUUAUUAUCAAGUAUCACAUUCCUCAUCCAAUGUGAUAUUUACCUGCAGACUGAACGCGAAUGUUAUUUCAUCAGCUGUUCGCUCGUGCAAAUUUGCAGUUCCAUGGCUAAAUCAAUAACAUUUAAUAUUAGAGUAUCUCUUCAGUUUACAUUAUGCAUAAUUGUAAUCAAGUCACUGUGGUAGUAACUUGUGAAUAUCAGAUAUACAGCAUACACAUUCUCCCUAGAAAACAUAAAAAUUAUUAAUUCUAAAUCCAUUUCAACACACACCAGGACCAUUUGCGCCACUAUGUCAUGAUGUAGCUGUAUAUACUCCACAUUUUCUUUUGUGCCUGGCAGUGUCACUUUGAGUGUUGCCCCCACACUUUGCAUGUGUGCUCCUGCGUGUUGACGAGUGAGGAAACUGUCGGACACAUGCUUCUGUACCGCAUGCAAAGCAAUUGAUGGGGAACAAAUGCUGCUCAUGCUAGUUCACUUCACAGAUGCAGUGUGCUAUCAGACACACAGUCUGUUUGCCAACUUUUAUUCACAGUGUAAUGCGUAUGAAUCUAUAUUUUGUGUAAAUAAACCACUGACUGCUGUAAAACUGUAGCUUCAUUUUUUGUUUGAACCUAAUGUUGUAUGCCAUUUUCGCAAGUGCGUCCUCUUUCACACACAACUCUUUUAUUCCGACACCUCUUGAAACCAAAUAUGUGACAGAUUAGUUUUUCUCACAAUUUCUUGUUGCCUGGCAUCUAGUUCCAUGCGAUUAAAGCUGUGAUAUUUUUGCAAAUGUUGUUUUUUUUCCCUGUGUUAAUAAUAUCAUAGCAACUGCUGGCUAGUAACUCAUUUAUCUAUAUCGGUGAAAUAUUUAUUUCGUGGAUUUUGCUGCUUCUGCUUUGGGACAGAUACCUGUGUCUAGUUCCACUUGGCAUUGUGUGCCUCCAUCUGCUAUUUGUGCACAAUUGACUUAUAUAACCAUUACAUGUCGAACAUUGCACGCAUGUGUCAUCACUACUGCACCUUUCUCUUACUUAUUGUUAGUAAAAUUACUGACAUUGACAGCAGACCAUUGAUAUGACAUUUUCCGUUAUCACUCUCCAUGCUUGAACUAUGAGGUACUUUGAACUUUAAUGCAACUGUACCCAGUCACAUGAACAAGUUUGUUCCUACUGAGGUCGAGUCUAUGGUUCACUUUGUCAAGUAAUAUUUUCAUGCCAGGUUUGCAAUCGGAUGUGGGUUCCUGUCUUUUUUAAGACAGUCCACCUUCAUUCAGAAUACCCUGUCAUGUAAUAUAGGUAAAUUCAAAGCAGUCAAGCUGUCACUGUUUCUCUUACAUUUCAAAACACCACCGUGGCUCUCAGUGGGAGUUCCCAAUUUUAGCACAUUCAAUAUUUCAGUUAGGAGUACUUUGUGCAUAAGUUGAUGAAUACAAAUGUAGCUGUUAUUUUUCUUCGUGUGAGACUGAAUCAAUUUGGCAACACUAUUGAUAUUUUAGAAAUGUUGUCAUACUUCAUGUGCAGUGUAUGUACGUUACCAUAGUUGGGUGAUAAAAGUAAAAAGUGAUGGUCACUCCUGAACCUUUACAAAUUGAUGCACUAUUCUGUGAUUGUGGCAAAGCUUCUAAAGGGACUCUAGUUUUCAAAGUUUCAUGACAAAAAUGUGUUCACCUCUCCAUGUACAAAAUCACUCACUUCAAAAUUACUGUAUGAAAUUGAAAUCCUGUUUCUUGUGUAUGUUACUUAACAUUUGUAUUACAAUGCAUUUUCAUUUGAAUAACUUAGUAUACAUUAGAUACCAGGGUGCUGUAUGUUAAGUUUUCCUGCUAUACUUGCCACCAAGUAACUGAAGUCAUCAGAGGUCAGUGGAUUUCCUUUCUGCUAUUCCAUUUAAAUACUGAAGCACACCUCACGUUGAAGUUCAUUAUUGUGUGAUACUAAAGGUGUCUUUGUCAUAUGCUCGUGCUAUUUGAUGUUAUUAUCUACAAUUUGCUACUUAAGCAUGUUUUUAUUAAAUAUCUGUGUGUUGAUGUGUGUCAUUGUAUUUGUACAUAUUUCUGUAUGUUCACUGAUAAUGUUUGUGUUAAGUUUAGCAGAAAAAUAAAAAAGAGAUAUGCUGGUAGGCCUAUA